GCCGCUCUUUCUGCUCCAGCGCUCUCAGCAGUUUGCUCGGCGCCAGGGUCGGUCGCGAUCCCGGCUGUCCGUCCGUGAUCCAUCGUGCCCAGCAGGGACGCUGAGCCGCAGGGUGCGUCCUGCCGAACGCGGCGCGUCGAGCCAGGCCAGGUACCUGUGUCCCGGGCGGUGCUCACGGCGCUGCGCGGCCGCCUCCGUCUGGCUGGGAUCAGAGGAGCCAGGCCAACUGCUUCUCAUUAAGUCCCAACUGUGGUUUUUAUCAGGAGAGCCUCUUUCAAAGGGCACAGACACGAAGCUCCGCGGACUCGCUCAUUUCCUCCACUGACCCCCACACACCUCCCUGCCCUCCCUUACACGUUCUCACCGCCCCGACUGGGCGAAGGCCGGAGCUGCCUGGCCACUCCGCAGAGGCCCGCGAGGCGCCAGCGGGGUCGGAGGCGAGUUGGGAGGCGAUCUCGAAGGAUUCAGCUCUGGGCCUAAGCUUCGGGAUGUGGCAGCAAAGAUGAGGCGGGCGCGGGCACCGACACUUCCACAGGUCAGCCGGUGCAGUGGCAGCCGCGGGGUUGGGUUCAGGCCCCCUCAGGCGCGCUCUUUGGAGACCGCACGGUCCAACUGGCGUUAGCGCCCAGGGCAUCAGCCCAGGAGCAGCCGGAGGCGCCCAGGGCUUAGGCCCACUCCCGACGGCCCCGCGGUGAUCAUCCAGCUCGAGGAAGCCAAGACUGCUAGAAGGGCGGCCAUCGCCGUGCAUACGACGGAGAGGCCAGGAGGACCUACUUUGUGACAGGCAUUUGCUGGCAGUGGGAUACAGCAGAGAGCAGGACAGACGUGACCCCUGCCACAUGUCAACUUUGCUGGAAUGGAAAUGUCUCCUCCACAGUGAAAAAAAAAAUCAUUUGGAUGUGAAUCAAAAUGGAAUCUGGUCUCCAGAGCAGAACUCCUGGCCUCUAGCCUCAACUUUAAGAGGUCCCUGGAUGAGAAGGAGCUGACGGCAGCCAAGUCCCACCUUCUCCACGUGCUGGGAAGCAGGGCUGCGCCACCCAGGGGGCCCAAUGCCGAAGAACAGCAAGGUGACCCAGCGCGAGCACAGCAAUGAGCACGUCACGGAGUCGGUGGCCGACCUGCUGGCCCUGGAGGAGCCCGUGGACUACAAGCAGAGUGUUUUGAAUGUGGCCGGCGAGGCAGGCGGCAAGCAGAAGGCAGCGGAGGAGGAGCUGGAUGCGGAGGACCGGCCGGCCUGGAACAGCAAGCUGCAGUACAUCCUGGCCCAGAUUGGCUUCUCUGUGGGCCUCGGCAACAUCUGGAGGUUCCCUUACCUGUGCCAGAAAAACGGAGGAGGUGCCUACCUGGUGCCCUACCUGGUGCUGCUGAUCAUCAUUGGGAUCCCGCUCUUCUUCCUGGAGCUGGCUGUGGGCCAGAGGAUCCGCCGCGGCAGCAUCGGUGUGUGGCACUACGUGUGCCCCCGCCUGGGUGGUAUCGGCUUCUCCAGCUGCAUAGUCUGCCUCUUUGUGGGGCUGUACUAUAAUGUGAUCAUCGGGUGGAGCAUCUUCUACUUCUUCAAGUCUUUCCAGUACCCACUGCCCUGGAGUGAGUGCCCUGUCUCCAGGAAUGGGACCGUGGCAGUGGUGGAGGCAGAGUGUGAGAAGAGCUCAGCCACCACCUACUUCUGGUACCGAGAGGCCUUGGACAUCUCCAACUCCAUCUCGGAGAGCGGGGGCCUCAACUGGAAGAUGACUCUGUGCCUCCUCGUGGCCUGGAGCAUCGUGGGCAUGGCUGUCGUCAAGGGCAUCCAGUCCUCGGGGAAGGUGAUGUACUUCAGCUCCCUCUUCCCCUACGUGGUGCUGGCCUGCUUCCUGGUCCGGGGGCUGCUGCUGCGGGGGGCCAUCGACGGCAUCCUACACAUGUUCACUCCCAAGCUGGACAAGAUGUUGGACCCCCAGGUCUGGCGGGAGGCAGCCACACAGGUCUUCUUCGCUCUGGGGCUGGGCUUCGGGGGCGUCAUAGCCUUCUCCAGCUACAACAAGCAGGACAACAACUGCCACUUUGAUGCCGCCCUGGUGUCCUUCAUCAACUUCUUCACCUCGGUGCUGGCCACCCUCGUGGUGUUCGCUGUGCUGGGCUUCAAGGCCAACAUCAUGAACGAGAAGUGUGUGGUCGAGAAUGCUGAGAAAAUCCUGGGGUACCUCAACAAUGACGUCCUGAGCCGGGCCCUCAUCCCUCCCCACGUCAAUUUCUCCCACCUCACCACCAAGGACUAUGCAGAGAUGUACAAGGUCAUCAAGACCGUGAAGGAGGACCAUUUCUCAGCCCUGGGCCUCGAUCCCUGCCUUCUGGAGGAUGAGCUAGAUAAGUCUGUGCAGGGCACAGGCCUGGCCUUCAUUGCUUUCACCGAGGCCAUGACGCACUUCCCUGCCUCCCCCUUCUGGUCUGUCAUGUUCUUCCUGAUGCUCAUCAACCUGGGCCUGGGCAGUAUGAUCGGCACCAUGGCGGGCAUCACCACACCCAUCAUUGACACUUUCAAGGUGCCCAAGGAGAUGUUCACAGUGGGCUGCUGUGUCUUUGCAUUCUUCGUGGGGCUGUUGUUCGUCCAGCGCUCCGGAAACUAUUUCGUCACCAUGUUUGAUGACUACUCGGCCACCCUGCCGCUCACCGUCAUCGUCAUCCUCGAGAAUGUCGCGGUGGCCUGGAUCUAUGGGACCAAGAAGUUCAUGCAGGAGCUGACGGAGAUGCUGGGCUUCCAGCCCUACCGCUUCUAUUUCUACAUGUGGAAGUUCGUGUCUCCGCUGUGCAUGGCUGUGCUCACCACAGCCAGCAUCAUCCAGCUUGGGGUCACGCCCCCAGGCUACAGUGCCUGGAUCAGGGAGGAGGCUGCCGAGCGCUACCUGUAUUUCCCCAACUGGGCAAUGGCUAUCCUGAUCACGCUCAUUGUCGUGGCUGUCCUGCCCAUCCCUGUGGUGUUCGUCCUGCGGCACUUCCACCUGCUCUCCGACGGCUCCAACACCCUUUCCGUGUCCUACAAGAAGGGCCGCAUGAUGAAGGACAUCUCCAACCUGGAGGAGAACGACGAGACCCGCUUCAUCCUCAGCAAGGUGCCCAGUGAGGCGCCCUCCCCCAUGCCCACUCACCGCUCCUAUCUAGGGCCUGGCAGUACAUCACCCCUGGAGACCAGCGGCAACCCCAAUGGACGCUAUGGAAGCGGCUACCUCCUGGCCGGCACCCCUGAGUCAGAGCUGUGACCACUGCCCUGUUCUGCCCGCCUCACCCCCACCCCCAACACACACACCCAGCCAGCCCACGUGUCCCCAUCUAGCCUCGCCUUCCAGGCCAGGCCCUCAGCCCAAGGAGUGGGGCUCUGCCCUGCCUCAUCCCCCACCCCUGUCCCAGCCGACUUGUGCUCCCUAGAUCUGAGUGGGGGCUGGGAGAAGCUCUGUCCCCCGAACUAAGCCCCCACCCCAGCUAACCUUCUUAGAUCGUCUUACCAAAUUGCAGCUGAGUAGCUGGAACCACCCAGAAGUCCCAACUCCUGGCACAGGGGAGUCUCCAAGCGGCUGCUCUCGAGUCCCUCCCUCUCUUGCUGGUGCCUGCAGUUCUUAGGUCUUGGGGCCCCUUAGGUCUGUGCUGCCAGAUGGUGGCUGUGGCGAGGGGCAUCGGGAUGGGUUAGGCAGGGUGUCCUAGCCCAGAGGUGCCCAACUGCAGGUUAGUGAUGGGACAGAGGUGCCAGGACUCAGGGCUCUGAUUUGGGGAUGGAGUCUGAAGAAAUCCCCAGGCUCGGCUUGGUGAGGCAGAUGGCUCCCGCUGGUUUGAGCAUGAGCUACGUCAGCAGAGGUGGUGAAAUGAGGGAGCUCCUAAGCACCUUAGCACCCAGCUCAAGACAGACCCUCCAGUGUCCUCGGCCUUGCCUGGGGUGGGUGGGGAGUUCUCCCACAUCCUGCCUGAGAGGGCGAUGACUGGCCCCAGAACCAUUCCCCACUCCCUUAGGGCUGAGCCUGCCUGCCCUCCUCCCACCCCUGUCCUGGAGCCCAGAGUGGUGCCUCUGCCUCUGCCUUCAGAGAGGAGAGGUUUCCAGAGCACACCUGAUGGUUCCCAGCACAAUUCAGGUGAUUUGGAGCACAAUUGUGAAGCACACCCCCUCCCCUCUCACCCAGGGCCUGCCUCUCUUGCUAGUGGCAGCUUCUCUCCUGAAACAGGGGGCCCUGGAGUUCAGGGGCUCACACCUGGAGAAAGUGGUAAUUUCACUGCCCCUCUGGGCCACCGCCACUCUCCUUGGAUAAGCACAGCCACCCGGUGUGCACGGCAUGUGUGGACACCUCAGAAACCUUUCCCAGGCUGCCUGGCCAGUGGUAGGGAGGGCCACAUGCAGUGCUGGGGACACCGAAGCUGCCCAGGGCAAGGGCCGGGACUCUGUCCUGCGUCCCAGCCUUGAAGCAUCCCCACCAACGCUUACCUUCACUCCCCCAGGAUAGGGUUGUAGGUUAAGAGGAUUAGGUUCUGAUCGGAGGUCAGAAGUGUACAGAGCGAUGAAUGGACUGAUGAAAGGAUGCAAGGAUGGGUGGAUGGAAGGAAGGAGAGAAGGGAUGGAGGGAGGGAGAAAGACUGGCUGGGACAGCAGACAUCCAGCUUUGAGAGCUGUGGUGGGCAUGGCGGGGACAGGCCCUGGUGCUCAGCCUGACUCCCUUCACAGAGGGUCCUGAGUCACUCUUGUGCCUCUGAGUGCUCUCAGCACUGGCAGGGGCAUAAUAGCCCCAGAUCCUCUCCUCACCCCUUAGUCCCUUGGCUUCCCCCCCCCCGCCCCACUUGGGGUCCACUGGCCAUCUCUCUUCCUCAUCCCUCCCCCGCACAUGCUCCCAUUACCAGCCUUCUCAGCCCCACCCAUCCUUCCUGAGUGUAUGAGGGGAGGGGGGGGUCCACAUCUACACAAAGACAUGAGCUUUGGGGCACAGCAUCCCCCUUAGGCACCCCUUCACCUGACAGCACCUCCUACCUGGCCCUGUGCCUAAUCCCGAGCAGAAAUAGCAACAGGAAAAGCAAGGCCCUAGGAGAGACACUACUAUAUAUACUCUUCUAUAUAUUCUAUUUCUAUUGUAUAUUCAAUCUGUACAUGUGGGUGUAAAUGCUGUUAAAUGACAAACCCUUAUUAUACUGUG